AUGAAGACUUUCAUAGCUGUUCUCCUCCUGACCGCCUGUGCGGCUUAUGUCAGUGCUGAACAUAUGGCUUUUCACAAAGCCGUGUUUCAGUUUUUGGACAAGCGUCACGAUGAAAGAAUGACACAGAUACUAAGAGACAACGGACUACCUGAGGACACUAUACCUGCUAACGAUCAUCACGAAAAAUCCCCAGAAUGGAUGGUAAAUAUAAAGAGUUCUAAGUAACAAUUAAUUAUACCACGAGUGCGCUUUGGAUAUGAGAUGGUAGAUAGCCAACGAGGCGUGUAACGCCGGGUUGGCUAUAAUCAUCUCAUAAUAACAAGUGCGAGUGGAAUAAUUUUUUUAUUGAAAACACCCACAAAAUAUCGAGAAGUCUUCCCGACUUCUUUGAGCGGACGCUUGCAAUUACCAUAUUUUGAGAGCAUGGUAUAAUAGCUCAUAUACCAUGAUGGUUAAGCCAAUCAGAGCUCUAGAAUGAAUUGCAUUAUCUAAUGACUCAGUUUUUGACAAUCCCUGGUACUCAAUAUCACCAUUAAAAACAGUUAUAGGUUCCUACAAAAGAGAAAGGAACUGUGGAAUAUAACGAACAGUAAACUGAGUGUGACUGAGAGUUACUUCUCAUACCUCUCAUUUCAACCGAAUCAGACCUCAGUAUAAUCUGAGUGCGACUGCAAUACCUCUCAUUUAGACCAUAUCAAGCCUUUAUAAACUGAAUAUUACUCGACUGUGUUACUAACUUAUUCAUUUGUUACAUUUGCUAAAUUUAUAUUUCUUCAUGGCAGAAACCUUGCAUUGAAACAGCAAAGGAAUCUUGGAAAAAUGCAGGGCAUGACGCUUGCAAAAGACUGGCUUGUAUCGACAACUUCUUCGAGUGCAUCAAAAAAAGCCACCCUACGCCUCUACCAUCUCUUCCACCGCUUCAGGUAAAACAAUAACGCAGUUUAUCUGCUACGACUGUUGUGAUUCUUAUUAAUUAACCCCACACCCGGGCACUUCCAGCGCCCCACCCCGGCACCUCCGGUCCCCCACUCAGGCCCCUCCGGUCCCCUACCCCGAUCCCUCCAGCGCCCCACCCCGGCCUCUCCGGCGCCUCACCCCAGCCCCUCCGGCGACCUACUUCCUUCUCUUCUUGAUAUUUUUCAAUGUUUCAAAUCAUCAAUUUAAUAUUAAAGUAAUAUUCGGGCAUCUUAUCUUGAAUUCAAAAGUCCAACAUCCUUUGACUAAAUAGACGUUUUUGUAAAAUCAAUUACGUUCGGCAUAGUAGGCAAAGACACAAAAAUAAACAUGAGGCCAUUUUCGUCGUAUUUGUUUUUAUUGUUUAACCGUAAUAUCAAGGAGUAAAGCUUACGAAAAGGCUGUAAAGAAUUAUUUCUACCUAUUAUACCUCUGUCAAUAGUUAUUAAAUUUGCAUUUUUUUCAAGAGAAAGUUAAGGUGACAUAUCUCACGACGCACUGAAACGUCUAUGUACAAUACAACUGACAUUUAGGACGUAAUAUCUUAAACUGUAUGCGUAAUAUUCGACUGAGUUUCAUCCUCGUCCUUUUAACUAAACAACUGCUGAUAAAUCACUUUUUUAGAGAACAAAACGGGUUGGAGUUUGACAAAACUAACUUUCAUAACUCAGAACGAUGGUGCGUAAAAAUUAAAUCUUUCCUCCGCUCAAUAUCUUUCUUUUAAAAAUCUCAUUGCAGAAAGGCUGCGUGUUUCUCCUGUAUAUGUGCAGGAAGCACAGCCCUACUUGUGCUGGUGAAUUGUGCUGUUUUGUUCGCAUCAAAAGAUGCUUCAAGGCCGUCGCUGAACACUGA